AUGGAUAAGGACAGUAUGACCCUGGCUGAUCAGCAGUAUGAAUGUGUAGCUGAGAUUGGUGAAGGAGCCUACGGAAAGGUGUUCAAAGCCCGGGACUUGAAGAAUGGAGGGCGCUUUGUAGCACUGAAGAGGGUGAGAGUGCAGACGAGCGAAGAGGGGAUGCCUCUUUCCACCAUCCGGGAGGUGGCUGUACUGAAGCACCUGGAAACAUUUGAGCAUCCCAAUGUGGUCAGGCUGUUUGAUGUAUGCACAGUGUCCCGAACAGACCGAGAGACCAAACUAACACUUGUGUUCGAGCAUGUUGAUCAAGACUUGACCACUUAUUUGAAUAAAGUUCCAGAACCUGGAGUGCCUAGCGAAACUAUAAAGGACAUGAUGCUGCAACUGCUACGAGGACUUGAUUUUUUGCAUUCACACAGAGUGGUCCACCGUGAUCUGAAACCACAAAACAUACUAGUAACCAGCAAUGGACAGAUAAAACUAGCUGAUUUUGGCCUUGCAAGGAUCUACAGUUUUCAGAUGGCUCUUACCUCUGUGGUUGUCACUUUAUGGUACAGAGCUCCUGAAGUUUUGCUUCAAUCAAGUUAUGCAACACCAGUUGAUCUUUGGAGCGUCGGCUGCAUUUUUGCAGAAAUGUUCCGUAGAAAGGCACUUUUUCGUGGAAACUCUGAUGUUGAUCAACUAGGAAAAAUCUUCGAUGUAAUUGGGCUUCCAGAAGAAGAGGAUUGGCCUAAUGAUGUUGCCCUUCCACGAAAUGCCUUCACAUCUAGAACCCCUCAGCCUAUUGAAAAUUUCGUAGCUGAUAUUGAUGACCUUGGCAAAGACUUGCUACUUAAAUGUUUAGAAUUCAGCCCCACAAAGAGAAUAUCAGCUUAUGAUGCCUUAUGUCACCCUUAUUUUCAUGAUCUGGAGAAGUGCAAGGAAAGUACAGACUCUGAUAUGUCAUCCAGUCAAAACUCCUCUGAGAUAAAUACACCAUAAGGAUGCUUCAGAC